ACCAAGUCUUGGUAUGGCUGACUUUUCUGUAUCUGGACCAAGAGUUAGGACUCCAGACCUGGACCUCUCAGCGGCUGAGAUGUGUCUAUCAGACGUCAGUUUGCCUGACCUCAGUACUCCAGAUAUUGACAUACCCUCAGGUAAAUUCAAACUAAAGAAACCACAUGCAGAACUCAAAGCUCCGGAUUUCGAUGUGGAUGCCCCCUCUGGUAAACUGAAUAUGCCCAAAUUUGGCUUCUCUGGCCUACAAAGACCAGAUCUGGGCAUUGAUGCUGAUGUAAAAACACCAAAGCUAAGUCUCAAAGCUCCCAAGAUAAAAGGUGGGCUAGAUGCACCUGACUUGUAUUUACCCAAAGUCGACCUGAAAUCAACCAAAUUGGAUGUAAACGCUCCAGAUAUUGACAUCAAUGCACCCUCAGAAAAAUUCAAAAUGCCAAAGUUUAAGAUGCCUAGAUUUGGCCUUUUGGGCCCUACAGGACCAGACGUUGGCAUUGAUAGAGACAUGGAUGGACCAGACCUGAGCUUAUUAUCUUCCAAAUUACAACGGCCUGACAUGGAUGUUGGUAGCCCAUCUGGAAAAUUAAAGAUACCAAGUUUUAAGGCGCCAGACUUUGGCUUCUCGGGGCCAGAUGUUCAAGGGCCUGACUUAGAGGUAAAGACUCCAGACUUGGAUCUUUCAGCCCCCAAGUUUAAAGGAGGAAUUAGUCCCCCAGAUUUGGAUCUGCCAGAUGUUGAUCUCAAAGGCCCCAAACUAAACUUUAAUGCUCCAGAUUUUGACAUAGAUAUGCCCUCAGGUAAAGUCAAAGUACCUACAUUGAAUAAACCAAAGGUUGACCUGAAUGCUCCUGAUCUGUAUAUCGAUGGGCACUCUGAUAAACUGAAAAUGCCCAAAUUCAAUCUCUUUGGCACAUUGUCAAAAGGACAAGGUCUAGAUAUCAAUGCAGGUGUGAAAUCCCCAAAGUUAAAAGGUGGGAUUGAUGCCCCUGACAUGGAUUUACCAGACAUGGCCCUCAAAGCCCCUAAAUUAGAUGUAAACACUCCAGAUAUUGACAUUGAUUCCCCCACCGGGAAAUUCAAAAUGCCCAAAAUGAAGAUGCCUAAAUUUGGCAUGAAAAGACCUGAUGUUGACAUAGAUGGAGAUCUAGAGGGGCCAGACCUGAACUUGUCUGCACCCUCAAUGAAUCUCAAAGGUCCCAAAGCAGACAUAAACAUUCCAAAUGCUGACAUUGGAAGUCCAUUAGGAAAAUUCAAAAUGCCAACUUUCAAGAUGCCAGAUGCUGGUUUCUCUGGACCAAAGGUUAAAGUGCCUGACUUUGAGGUAAAGACUCCAGGCUUGGAUCUUUCAGCCCCCAAGUUUAAAGGGGGAAUCCGUCCCCCAGAUCUGAAUCUGGCAGAUCUCAAAGGCCCCAAACUAGACCUCAAUGCACCAGAUGUAAACUCUAAUAUGCCCUCAGGUAAAGUCAAAUUACCUACAUUGAAGGAAUCAAAGGUUGAUCUGAAUGCUCCUGAUCUGGACAUUAAUGGCCCCUCUGGUAAACUGAAAAUGCCCAAAUUUGGACUGUCUGGUACAAUGCCGAAAUCCACAAAACUGAAUCUCAAAGCCCCAAAGAUGAAGGGGGGAAUUGAUUCCCCAGAUGUGAAUUUACCAGAUGCUGAUCUCAAAGCCCCUAAACUAGAUGUAAACACUCCAGAUAUUGACAUUGAUUCCCCCACAGGGAAAUUCAAAAUGCCCAAAAUGAAGAUGCCUAAAUAUGGCAUGAAAAGACCUGAUGUUGACAUAGAUGGAGAUCUAGAGGGGCCAGACCUGAACUUGUCUGCACCCUCAAUGAAUCUCAAAGGUCCCAAAGCAGACAUAAACAUUCCAAAUGCUGACAUUGGAAGUCCAUCAGGAAAAUUCAAAAUGCCAACUUUCAAGAUGCCAGAUGCUGGUUUCUCUGGACCAAAGGUUAAAGUGCCUGACUUUGAGGUAAAGACUCCAGGCUUGGAUCUUUCAGCCCCCAAGUUUAAAGGGGGAAUCCGUCCCCCAGAUCUGAAUCUGCCAGAUCUCAAAGGCCCCAAACUAGACCUCAAUGCACCAGAUGUAAACUCUAAUAUGCCCUCAGGUAAAGUCAAAUUACCUACAUUGAAGGAAUCAAAGGUUGAUCUGAAUGCUCCUGAUCUGGACACUAACAGCCCCUCUGGUAAACUGAAAAUGCCCAAAUUUGGACUGUCUGGUACAAUGCCGAAAUCCACAAAACUGAAUCUCAAAGCCCCAAAGAUGAAGGGGGGAAUUGAUUCCCCAGAUGUGAAUUUACCAGAUGCGAACCUUAAAGCCCCUAAACUAGAUGUAAACACUCCAGAUAUUGACAUUGAUUCCCCCACAGGGAAAUUCAAAAUGCCCAAAAUGAAGAUGCCUAAAUCUGGCAUGAAAAGACCUGAUGUUGCCAUAGAUGGAGAUCUAGAGGGGCCAGACCUGAACUUGUCUGCACCAAAUUUGGACAUAGAAGCACCCUCAAUGAAUCUCAAAGGUCCCAAAGCAGACCUAAAUAUUCAAAAUGCUGAUAUUGGAAGUCCAUCAGGGGAAAUUCAAAAUGCCAACAUUCAAGAUGCCAGGUUCUGGUUUCUCUGGACCAAAGAUCUCAAAGGCCCCAAACUAGACCUCAAUGCACCAGAUGUAAACUCUAAUAUGCCCUCAGGUAAAGUCAAAGUACCUACAUUGAAGGAACCAAAGGUUGAUCUGAAUGCUCCUGAUCUGGACAUUAACAGCCCCUCUGGUAAACUGAAAAUGCCCAAAUUUGGCCUGUCUGGUAAAAUGCCGAAAUCCACAAAACUGAAUCUCAAAGCCCCAAAGAUGAAGGGGGGAAUUGAUUCCCCAGAUGUGAAUUUACCAGAUGCGAACCUUAAAGCCCCUAAACUAGAUGUAAACACUCCAGAUAUUGACAUUGAUUCCCCCACAGGGAAAUUCAAAAUGCCCAAAAUGAAGAUGCCUAAAUCUGGCAUGAAAAGAUCUGAUGUUGCCAUAGAUGGAGAUCUAGAGGGGCCAGACCUGAACUUGUCUGCACCAAAUUUGGACAUAGAAGCACCCUCAAUGAAUCUCAAAGGUCCCAAAGCAGACCUAAAUAUUCAAAAUGCUGAUAUUGGAAGUCCAUCAGGGAAAUUCAAAAUGCCAACAUUCAAGAUGCCAGGUUCUGGUUUCUCUGGACCAAAGGUUAAAGUGCCUGACUUUGAGGUAAAGACACCAGGCUUGGAUCUUUCAGCCCCCAAGUUUAAAGGGGGAAUCAGUCCCCCGGAUCUGAAUCUGCCAGACCUCAAAUGCCCCAAACUAGACCUCAAUGCACCAGAUGUAAACUCUAAUAUGCCCUCAGGUAAAGUCAAAGUACCUACAUUGAAGGAACCAAAGGUUGAUCUGAAUGCUCCUGAUCUGGACAUUAACAGCCCCUCUGGUAAACUGAAAAUGCCCAAAUUUGGCCUGUCUGGUAAAAUGCCGAAAUCCACAAAACUGAAUCUCAAAGCCCCAAAGAUGAAGGGGGGAAUUGAUUCCCCAGAUGUGAAUUUACCAGAUGCGAACCUUAAAGCCCCUAAACUAGAUGUAAACACUCCAGAUAUUGACAUUGAUUCCCCCACAGGGAAAUUCAAAAUGCCCAAAAUGAAGAUGCCUAAAUCUGGCAUGAAAAGACCUGAUGUUGCCAUAGAUGGAGAUCUAGAGGGGCCAGACCUGAACUUGUCUGCACCAAAUUUGGACAUAGAAGCACCCUCAAUGAAUCUCAAAGGUCCCAAAGCAGACCUAAAUAUUCAAAAUGCUGAUAUUGGAAGUCCAUCAGGGAAAUUCAAAAUGCCAACAUUCAAGAUGCCAGGUUCUGGUUUCUCUGGACCAAAGGUUAAAGUGCCUGACUUUGAGGUAAAGACACCAGGCUUGGAUCUUUCAGCCCCCAAGUUUAAAGGGGGAAUCAGUCCCCCGGAUCUGAAUCUGCCAGACCUCAAAUGCCCCAAACUAGACCUCAAUGCACCAGAUGUAAACUCUAAUAUGCCCUCAGGUAAAGUCAAAGUACCUACAUUGAAGGAACCAAAGGUUGAUCUGAAUGCUCCUGAUCUGGACAUUAACAGCCCCUCUGGUAAACUGAAAAUGCCCAAAUUUGGCCUGUCUGGUAAAAUGCCAAAAUCCACAAAACUGAAUCUCAAAGCCCCAAAGAUAAAGGGGGGAAUUGAUUCCCCAGACAUGAAUUUUCCAGAUGCUGAUCUCAAAGCCCCUAAACUAGAUGUGAAAGCCCCAGCUCUUGACAUCAGUGCACCUUCUGGGAAAUUCAAAAUGCCCAAAUUCAAAAUGCCUAAAUUCAGAGACCUAAAGAGACCAGAUGUUGACAUUGAUGGAGACUUAGAGGGCCCAGAUAUAGAUAUCAAUGCCCCCACAGCUAACCUCAAAGGUCCCAAAACAGGUCUAAAAAUGCCAGAUUUGAAGAUGCCUGAUUUCGGGCUAUCUGGGCCAAAUGUAGAUGAACCUGACUAUCACUUACCUGACAUUGACCUCUCAGCCCCAAAGCUAAAAGGGGGAAUCAGUCCCCCAGAUUUGAGACUACCUAAGGGUCACCUCAAAGGGCCCAAACUAGAUCUUAAUGCUCCAGAUUUUGAUGUUGAUGCUCCCUCAGGUAAACUGAAAAUGCCCAAAUUUGGGCUCUCAGGCACUAUGCCAAAAGGACCAAAUCUGGACAUAAAUGCAGGUGUGAAAUCACCAUUCAGUCUAAAAAUGCCAAAGAUGAAAGGUGGGAUUGAUGCCCCUGACAUGGAUUUACCAGACAUGGACCUCAAUGCCCCUAAAGUAGAUGUAAACACUCCAGAUAUUGACAUUGAUUCACCCACAGGAAAAUUCAAAAUGCCCAAUCUGAAAAUGCCUACAUUUGGAGUGAAAGGGCCAGAUAUUGACAUAAAUGGAGAUAUAGAGGGACCAGACCUGAACUUGACAUCUCCCAAACGUAAGGGUCCCAAAGCAGACCUAAACAUUCCAGAUGCUGAUAUUGACAGUCCAUCAGGAAAACUUAAAAUGCCAACUUUCAAGAUGCCAGAUUUAGGUUUCUCUGGACCAAAAGUUAAGGGGCCUGACUUGGAUCUUUCAGCCCCUAAGUUUAACGGGGGAAUUAGGCCCCCAGAUUUGGAUCUGCCAGAUGUUGACCUCAAAGGCCCCAAAUUAGACCUCAAUGCACCAGAUGUAAACUUUAAUAUGCCCUCCGGUAAAGUCAAAGUACCUACAUUGAAGAAACCAAAGGUUGAUCUGAAUGCUCCUGAUCUGGACAUUGAUAGCCCCUCAAAAUCCCCAGACUUGAGGCUCAAAGCUUCAAACAUUAAGGGGGGAAUUGAUGGUCCAGACAUGAAUUUACCAGAUGCUUACCUCAUAGCCCCUGAUCCAGAUCUUGACAUCAAUGAACCCUCUGGUAAAUUCAAAAUGCCCAAAUAUAAAAUGCUUAAAUUCAGAGACCUAAAGAGACCAGGUGUUGACAUUGAUGGAGACUUAGAGGGCCCAGAUAUAGAUAUCAAUGCCCCCACAGCUAACCUCAAAGGUCCCAAAACAGGUCUAAAAAUGCCAGAUUUGAAGAUGCCUGAUUUCGGGCUAUCUGGGCCAAAUGUAGAUGAACCUGACUAUGACUUACCUGACAUUGACCUCUCAGCCCCAAAGCUAAAAGGGGGAAUCAGUCCCCCAGAUUUGAGACUACCUAAGGGUCAUCUCAAAGGUCCAAAACUAGACCUCAAUGCUCCAGAUAUGCCCUCCAGUAGAUUCAGAGUUCCAACCUUAGAGAGGCCAAAUGGUAGCAUCAAAGACCCUGAUUUUGACAUCAACACUCCUACAUUCAAAAUGCAUACAUUUGGGUUGUCUACUCAAAAAGGACCGGAUCAUGACAUCAGUGCUGAACUAGGUGUUCUUGGUGCUGAGGUGGGAGAGAGGGGCAAGUAUUUCUCUCUGGGACAGAGACAGCUGCUGUGUCUGGCCAGGGCUCUGCUGACUGAAGCUAAUCCUGGUCACCGCAGGGGGAGGAGCCUCUCUGAGGGGCUGAUGCUGGAGGAAUCAGAUAAAGGAGGAUUGGUCGUCUCCAGCGUUAUCGGUGGCUCUGGCAAUCAGGGGCUCAAAGAAGAAUUCGAUAUGUCUUUGCCCAAUGUUGACCUCAAAGGCCCUGAUCUUGACCUGAAAGUUAUAGAUCCACUUCCCAAAGUUGGAGGAGAUAUCAAUGUCCCGGAAGCAGAGCUCAAUCUACCAGAGGGGGUUGUCACUGGACCUACUUUAAAUAUCAAUGCCCCAAAGCUUGAUAUUGAAAGAACAGGCAAAAAAUUCAAAAUGCCCAAAUUUAAGAUGCCUGACUUGGGUCUCUCUGGACCAAGCGUAAAUGUACCCAGCCUUGAGGUUGAUACACCAAAUAUGAGGAUCCCAGAUAAAGAUAUACCAGGAGUUAAUCUCAAAGGUCCCCAACUAGACCUACAAGCAGCAGAUGUUAAUCUAAAAAAUCCUAAUCUAGACCUACAAACCCCAGAUGUCAGCAUGAUGAAUAUGCCUUCCAGUAAAAUCAGAGUCCCGUCCUCCAAGAAACUGAAAAACCCUAACCUUGAUGUGGAUGAUCCCUCUAGUUAUUUUGAAUUGCCUAAGGUUAGGCUCUCUCGCAGACUAACAAAAGGACCAGAUUUAGACAUUGAUGCAGUUUUAAAGACCCCAGACAUGCAUCUUAAAACCUCUUCGAUUGGUGCUCCUGACCUGAAUGUCCCUGAUCUAGAUUUACCUUCAGUAGACCAUAAAGGUUCCAAAAUAGAUCUGGAGUUGCCAGAUGCAAACAUUGGUAUGCCAUCUGGGAAGAUCAAAACACCAAGUCUUGGUAUGCCUGACUUUGAUAUAUCUGGACCAAAAGUUAGGACUCCAGACCUGGACCUCUCAGCGGCUGAGAUGUGUCUAUCAGACGUCAGUUUGCCUGACCUCAGUACUCUAGACAUUGACAUACCCUCAGGUAAAUUCAAACUAACGAAACCACAUGCAGAACUCAAAGCUCCUGAUUUCAAUGUCGAUGCCCCCUCUGGUAAACUGAAGAUUCCCAAAUUUGGCUUCUCUGGCCUAACAAUACUAGAUCUGGGAAUUGAUGCUGACGUAAAAACACCAAAGCUAAGUCUCAAAGCUCCCAAGAUAAAAGGUGGGCUUGAUGCACCUGACUUGGAUUUACCCAAAGUCGACCUGAAAGCACCUAAAUUAGAUGUAACUCCAGAUAUUGAUAUUGAUGCACCCUCAGGAAAAUUCAAAAUGACAAAGUUUAAAACGCCAGACUUUGGCUUCUCAGGGCCAGAUGUUCAAGCGCCUGACUUACAAGUAAAGACUCCAGACUUUGAUCUUUCAGCCGCCAAGUUUAAAGGGGGAAUUAGUCCCCCAGAUUUGGAUCUCCCAGAUGUUGAACUCAAAGGCCCCAAACUAGACCUCAAUGCACCAGAUGUCAACUUUAAUAUGCCCUCAGGGAAAGUCAAAGUACCUACAUUGAAGAAACCAAAGAUUGAUCUGAAUGCUCCAGAUUUUGACAUUGAUGCUCCCUCUGGUAAACUGAAAAUGCCCAAAUGUGGGCUCUCUGGUACAAUGCCAAAAUCCCCAAACUUGAGGCUCAAAGCUCCAAACAUGAAGGGGGGAAUUGAUGUUCCAGACCUGAAUUUACCAGAUGCUGACCUCAAAACCCCUAAACUAGAUGUGAAUGCUCCAGAUCUCGACAUCAAUGCACCCUCAGGGAAAUUCAAAAUGCCCAAAUUUAAAAUGCCUAAAUUCAGAGGCCUAAAUGGACCACAUGUUGACAUUGAUGGAGACUUAGAGGGCCCAGAUAUAGAUAUCAAUGCCCCCACAGCUAACCUCAAAGGUCCCAAAACAGGUCUAAAAAUGCCAGAUUUGAAGAUGCCUGAUUUCGGGCUAUCUGGGCCAAAUGUAGAUGAACCUGACUAUGACUUACCUGACAUUGACCUCUCAGCCCCAAAGCUAAAAGGGGGAAUCAGUCCCCCAGAUUUGAGACUACCUAAGGGUCAUCUCAAAGGGCCCAAACUAGAUCUUAAUGCUCCAGAUUUUGAUGUUGAUGCUCCCUCAGGUAAACUGAAAAUGGCCAAAUUUGGGCUCUCUGGUACAAUGCCAAAAUCCCCAAACUUGAGGCUCAAAGCUCCAAACAUGAAGGGGGGAAUUGAUGUUCCAGAUCUGAAUUUACCAGAUGCUGACCUCAAAGCCCCUAAACUAGAUGUGAAUGCUCCAGAUCUCAACAUCAAUGCACCCUCAGGGAAAUUCAAGAUGCCUAAAUUUGGGCUCUCUGGUACAAUGCCAAAAUCUCCCAAAUUGAAUCUCAAAUCUCCAAAGAUGAAGGGGGGAAUUGAUUUUCCAGACCUGAAUUUACCAGAUGCUGACCUCAAAGCCCCUAAACUAGAUGUGAAUGCUCCAGAUCUCAACAUCAAUGCACCCUCAGGGAAAUUCAAGAUGCCUAAAUUUGGGCUCUCUGGUACAAUGCCAAAAUCUCCCAAAUUGAAUCUCAAAUCUCCAAAGAUGAAGGGGGGAAUUGAUGUUCCAGACCUGAAUUCACCAGAUGCUGACCUCAAAGCCCCUAAACUAGAUGUGAAUGCUCCAGGUCUCGACAUCAAUGCACCCUCAGGGAAAUUCAAAAUGCCCAAAUUUAAAAUGCCUAAAUUCAGAGGCCUAAAUGGACCAGAUGUUGACAUUGAUGGAGACUUAGAGGGCCCAGAUAUAGAUAUCAAUGCCCCUACAGCUAACCUCAAAGGUCCCAAAACAGGUCUAAAAAUGCCAGAUUUGAAGAUGCCUGAUUUCGGGCUAUCUGGCCCAAAUGUAGAUGAACCUGACUAUGACUUACCUGAUAUUGACCUCUCAGCCCCAAAGCUAAAAGGGGGAAUCAGUCCCCCAGAUUUGAGACUACCUAAGGGUCAUCUCAAAGGGCCCAAACUAGAUCUUAAUGCUCCAGAUUUUGAUGUUGAUGCUCCCUCUGGUAAACUGAAAAUGCCCAAAUUUGGGCUCUCUGGUACAAUGCCAAAAUCCCCAAACUUGAGGCUCAAAGCUCCAAACAUGAAGGGGGGAAUUGAUGUUCCAGACCUGAAUUUACCAGAUGCGGACCUCAAUGCCCCUAAACUAGAUGUGAAUGCUCCAGAUCUCAACAUCAAUGCACCCUCAGGGAAAUUCAAGAUGCCUAAAUUUGGGCUCUCUGGUACAAUGCCAAAAUCUCCCAAAUUGAAUCUCAAAUCUCCAAAGAUGAAGGGGGGAAUUGAUGUUCCAGACCUGAAUUCACCAGAUGCUGACCUCAAAGCCCCUAAACUAGAUGUGAAUGCUCCAGGUCUCGACAUCAAUGCACCCUCAGGGAAAUUCAAAAUGCCCAAAUUUAAAAUGCCUAAAUUCAGAGGCCUAAAUGGACCACAUGUUGACAUUGAUGGAGACUUAGAGGGCCCAGAUAUAGAUAUCAAUGCCCCCACAGCUAACCUCAAAGGUCCCAAAACAGGUCUAAAAAUGCCAGAUUUGAAGAUGCCUGAUUUCGGGCUAUCUGGGCCAAAUGUAGAUGAACCUGACUAUGACUUACCUGACAUUGACCUCUCAGCCCCAAAGCUAAAAGGGGGAAUCAGUCCCCCAGAUUUGAGACUACCUAAGGGUCAUCUCAAAGGGCCCAAACUAGAUCUUAAUGCUCCAGAUUUUGAUGUUGAUGCUCCCUCAGGUAAACUGAAAAUGCCCAAAUUUGGGCUCUCUGGUACAAUGCCAAAAUCCCCAAACUUGAGGCUCAAAGCUCCAAACAUGAAGGGGGGAAUUGAUGUUCCAGACCUGAAUUUACCAGAUGCUGACCUCAAAGCCCCUAAACUAGAUGUGAAUGCUCCAGGUCUCGACAUCAAUGCACCCUCAGGGAAAUUCAAAAUGCCCAAAUUUAAAAUGCCUAAAUUCAGAGGCCUAAAUGGACCACAUGUUGACAUUGAUGGAGACUUAGAGGGACCAGAUAUAGAUAUCAAUGCCCCCACAGCUAACCUCAAAGGUCCCAAAACAGGUCUAAAAAUGCCAGAUUUGAAGAUGCCCGAUUUCGGGCUAUCUGGCCCAAAUGUAGAUGAACCUGACUAUGACUUACCUGAUAUUGACCUCUCAGCCCCAAAGCUAAAAGGGGGAAUCAGUCCCCCAGAUUUGAGACUACCUAAGGGUCAUCUCAAAGGGCCCAAACUAGAUCUUAAUGCUCCAGAUUUUGAUGUUGAUGCUCCCUCUGGUAAACUGAAAAUGCCCAAAUUUGGGCUCUCUGGUACAAUGCCAAAAUCCCCAAACUUGAGGCUCAAAGCUCCAAACAUGAAGGGGGGAAUUGAUGUUCCAGACCUGAAUUUACCAGAUGCUGACCUCAAAGCCCCUAAACUAGAUGUGAAUGCUCCAGAUCUCGACAUCAAUGCACCCUCAGGGAAAUUCAAAAUGCCCAAAUUUAAAAUGCCUAAAUUCAGAGGCCUAAAUGGACCACAUGUUGACAUUGAUGGAGACUUAGAGGGCCCAGAUAUAGAUAUCAAUGCCCCUACAGCUAACCUCAAAGGUCCCAAAACAGGUCUAAAAAUGCCAGAUUUGAAGAUGCCUGAUUUCGGGCUAUCUGGGCCAAAUGUAGAUGAACCUGACUAUGACUUACCUGACAUUGACCUCUCAGCCCCAAAGCUAAAAGGGGGAAUCAGUCCCCCAGAUUUGAGACUACCUAAGGGUCAUCUCAAAGGGCCCAAACUAGAUCUUAAUGCUCCAGAUUUUGAUGUUGAUGCUCCUUCUGGUAAACUGAAAAUGCCCAAAUUUGGGCUCUCUGGUACAAUGCCAAAAUCCCCAAACUUCAGGCUCAAAGCUCCAAACAUGAAGGGGGGAAUUGAUGUUCCAGAUCUGAAUUUACCAGAUGCUGACCUCAAAGCCCCUAAACUAGAUGUGAAUGCUCCAGAUCUCAACAUCAAUGCACCCUCAGGGAAAUUCAAGAUGCCUAAAUUUGGGCUCUCUGGUACAAUGCCAAAAUCUCCCAAAUUGAAUCUCAAAGCUCCAAAGAUAAAGGGGGGAAUUGAUGUUCCAGACCUGAAUUUACCAGAUGCUGACCUCAAUGCCCCUAAACUAGAUGUGAAUGCUCCAGAUCUCGACAUCAAUGCACCCUCAGGGAAAUUCAAAAUGCCCAAAUUUAAAAUGCCUAAAUUCAGAGGCCUAAAGGGACCAGAUGUUGACAUUAAUGGAGAUAUAGAGGGACCAGGCCUGAACUUGUCAUCUACCAAACUCAAGGGUCCCAAAGCAGACCUCAAUGCUCCAGAUAUGCCCUCAGGUAGAUUCAGAGUUCCAACCUUAGAGAGGCCAAAUGGUAGCAUCAAAGCCCCUGAUUUUGACAUCAACACUCCUACAUUAAAAAUGCUCAAAAUGUCUACAUUUGGGUUGUCUACUCCAAAAAGACCAGAUCAUGACAUCAGUGCUGACAUAGGUUUUAAAUUGUCAAAGAUGAAAGGUGGGAUUGGUUCACCAGAUCUUGACCUACCUACAGUUGACCUAAAAGCCCCUAACAUAGAUGUAGACACUCCAGAUAUGAACAUUGAUUCACCCUCUGGGAAAUUCAAAAUGCCCCACCUCAAAAUGCCUAAAUUCGGCCUUUCUGGUAUGAAAGGUCCAGAUGCUGGAAUAGAUGGAGACAUUGAUGGACCGGACCUGAGCUUGUCAGCCCCGAAAGUAAACACAGGGAUUGGUAGUCCAGAUUUAGACAUAAAUGUUCCCUCUGGUAACCUCAAAGGCCCCCAAGCUGAUCUCUAUUUGCCAGACAGUGACAUUGCUAUACAAUCUCGAAAAUUCAAAUUGCCGUCCUUUAAAUUGCCUCAGUUUGGAAGUCCCAAUCUAAGUACAGGUACAGAUAUGGACUUUAUGAAAACACAUGACAUUUCUCCUCCAAAGGCUAAAGUGGAUCUAAAAGCACCAGACUUGAAUGUUAGUCACCCAGAUGUCAGCCUGAGCUUACCCAAAGCUGAUAUCAGAAGCCCAGAAUACAAAAAGUCAUCUCAUAGUAAACGCAGAUCUGUUAUCCCAGGUGGAGCACAUAUAAAAGUGCCAGCAAUAGACAUAGAUACAGAAGUGACACUGCCACACACUGAUAGGAAGUCUAGAAAGGUCAAAGGAAGGGCCAGUUAUCCCAUUGCAGAUAUUGAUUUGCCAAAAGUUGAGUACGAAGCGUCUGGUUUGGAUCUGAGGUGUUCAGACCUUAACGAUCCCACAGGGAAAUUAAAAAUUCCCAAAUCCAAGACUUCUAAAUUGAGCAGUCAUACAAGAAUAUCAGACCUUGAUAUAGACUCAAGUCUUCACAGUAUUAAUGCCUCAGUCCCUAAACUCCCAUCCCCAAGGUAUGGAUUAGAGGUUUCACAGCCAGAUUUAAAUUUGAGCAGAACUGACCUCAAGGGCCAUAAACAUCAUAGGAAAGCCCCAGCUCGUGAAACCGGCAGAUCAAAAAGGAGAAGUCCAAAACAGUCUGAAAUUGGAAUGUCCAUGCCAAAUUUCACUCAUGGUUCAAACCCUAAAAUGUCUGAAGAUCAAGAAGGAUAUUUUGUCACUGUAUUUCCCAAACAUCUCAAAGGGGAUGUACCAGACGGAACUGGGAGCCUGAAAAAUCGGCACAAGGAAGAGUCAAACCGUAGAUCUCAUACACUCAGAAGUCUCGACUUCAGUGCAUCAAAUGUGGACCUUGAAGUUCCAGAAGAUGAGAACUUAAAAGGGUCAACAUUCUGGCUUUCAAAGCUUAUAUAGCAUUCAGACAACUGACUAAAUGUCAUGCUAGGCUUGUUUGAAUCACAAUCUUCUGUUGAAACAUAACGCAGAAAACUUCUGUUACAUAUAAUACAAGCGUCAGAUUAUUUGCAUUUAUUUGUCAUUUUUAUGUAAAAUGAUUGGUUUUUGUUAUGAACAUGUUGAAAACUAAUGUGUAAAGCUUUCUUUUGUGAAGUGAUUUUAAAAAAUGUAUGAAAGGUUUGUUAUGUUCUGCUGAUAAGCUAUUUGAUUGGUAUUUUUACUGUACACUUGCUGUAUUGUAAUAAAAUAA